CCAGCGGUCCACGUUGACGGGUCCCCCUCUCCGAAGCCACGUUCGGGGUGUCGGGCUUACCUGCGAGGGACGAUCCAGGGGGGCGAGAAGGGAGGGGGGAUGGAUGGCUGUGGUGUUUUUCUCGUGUUGUUGUUGGAGUUGGAGUUCUAUGCGUACAUCGUGGGCCCUUGGGGUAAAAAACCUCCAAGUCGAAAAAGCACACCACCCUAAUAGCCCUAAAACUCCAAAUAACCUCCAACGCGGACGGAAGCAAUCUGACCCGGCUCUGCCUUGUGGGACGUGCCAAGGUGGAAAUCAGAUUCCGGAAAGCCGGGAAGGGAACUGGGUUGCCAGACCAAAGAUCCAUCCACCCAUCAAUGGAAUCCUCCGAGCGCUUGCUUCGCGAGCGUCCAGUGCGGAGUCUCGUGGAGGAGACACUCCCAAGGCUAGGUUGGGUCCAUGGCAGCUAGCCCUUCGACAGACCAGGCGGACCGCAUGGUUUCGCUCGUGGAACGGCGGUCAUCAACCCCCCCAAGUCGUCGUCGAUCAAUCAAGUCCGGUCAACGUCUGGCCGUGGACGUUGCCGCCGCCGCUAUUCGCUGCGCAUGCAUGUCACUUCAGCUCCAAAACGCCUUAGGAGUUCUGUUAGCGUUUGAGGAGAGUCGUCGAUGGGUUGUACGGACGGAGUCCUCCGUU